UUAACAGACGACGGUCUCAGCAAAAUAUUUGCUGAUGGCGCGAAGAACAAUAUUUCAAAGAAAGAGUCAUCAACACACAAUAUACUUCCUAUAGGAAUCGCUCAUGAAAUCAUCGACGAUACAUUGAGCGGACGGGUACUGAUUAAUGAUAGUCGUACCGUUGAGGAUAAUCUGAUUAAACGAGAGCCAAUGAAAAACGAUCUUACUGAAGGACUAGCUGGUGGUGCCAUUGGUGAUACCUUGGGAAGACAGGCGGUUGCAAACGAUGUCCCCUCGAACAACAGUUGGAAAUCAGCAAAUAACGGUUUCUCCAAAGGGUCAAAUGAGAUGACCAAUAGCAAGAUCUUUAACAGACGGGCUCCAACAGACAGUGGUCUUAAAAUGACCAGUAUUAAAGGACCAGAACACAGGGUAUCUGGCAACGUACCUACUAGGACGUGCAGGAAGAAAACAAACCUGGUUUUCCUGAAGACCCACAAGACUGCCAGCUCGACGGUACAAAACAUCAUCAUGCGGUUCGGCAGUGCUAGAAACCUCACCUUCGUCCUACCUGCGGAGGACAAUAACAUCGGCUGGCCGGGGAAGUUUAAGAGGUACCACGUGCUCCAAGAGCGUAGCAGGAGGAAAAACAUCACCUACAAUAUCCUCUGCCACCACACGCGUUUUAACUACAGCAACAUCCGGGAACUUAUGCCAGACGAUACCAUGUAUAUCACAAUUGUUAGGAAUCCUGCGGACAUGUAUGAAUCCAUAUUCUAUUACUUUUUGCUCGAUAAAGAUUUCAGGAUACGCAGCCGUUCCCCCUUGAAAAAAUUUCUCGACAAUCCAUAUUACUAUGUCAAGAAAAAUACACCUAGCAAACAAUUUUAUCGUAACCCUAUGUUCUAUGACUUGGGAUAUACUAGAAAACAGUCGGUCUCAGAGCAGACAAUAAAAUCCGACAUUGGUUUCCUCGAAAAAAUAUUCUCCGUUGUCAUGGUAGCGGACUAUUUCGAAGAGUCCUUGAUACUGAUGAAACACACGCUGUGCUGGGACAUCGAUGACGUCACGUUCUUCAAAAUGAACGCCCGACGAGAAGAGAGCAUUCGUCACGUGACUAAAGAAAUGGCGGGAAGAAUCCGCCGCUGGAACAAGGCGGACGCCAUGUUGUUCGACCACUUCAACAAAACCUUGUGGUCUAAGCUUUCCCAGCUCCCCUUCGACUGGAGAAAAGAGGUGGAGAUUUUGAAGGCAAGAAAUAGGCGUCUACAAGAAGAGUGUAUAGAAUCUGACAAUGUUAGGAACGCAGAAAUACAGGACAGCCGCUUCAAAGUGUUCCAACCAGAUGGCAUUACCAUCAAGGGCUUUCGGGUGAAGAAAAGUGCCCGGAUGAACGAGACCUGUGUGAACAUGGCGAAGUCAGAAUUACCGUUUACGCAUGAGCUGCAAGUCAAGGAACGGCUGAAAUACAAUAUCAUGGAUUACAAGGAACAAUUGCAUAAGCAACAACCACAAUCUCGACAAAUGCCUGAUAAGGAAAAGAAAAAACCUAAUUAUGGCUCGAUGUAA